AUGAAAUUGUUACAACUGCUUGCAAGUACGUUAUGUGCAACGUCACUGGCGAUUGCGGAUAUCGCGCCAAUGAAAUUUGAUAUCCUUAGAGGAACAGAUAUGAGUUCAGCUAAGAAGAAACCUAGACUACUCAAGAGGGACGCUGGUGAUAUCGUCUUUUCCGAUGUCUUGUACCAGGAGAAAUCCUUUUAUUCUGCCAACAUUACUAUCGCAGGAACUGAAUUCCAGGUUCAAUUAGACACUGGUUCUAGUGAUUUGUGGGUUUACGGUGCGGACAACCCUUUCUGUGCUAGCAAUGGUGGAGUCGUUGUUAACCACAUCGAUCAAUCGAGCACGGUUGUGACUCCCGCUGAGGCUACGUUGGAUUGUGAGGCGUAUGGGAUCUUUGACAUUGACAAUGAAGAUUUUGUAACUGAGGAUCAGUUACUAUUUGCUGAUUAUGGUGAUGGUUCGUUUGCUGUGGGUGUCUACGGCAGAUCCACAGUUUCAUUUGGAAACGCCACUUUGGAAGGGUUCAUGUUUGGUGUUGCAAACCUUUCUAAUUCUAGUGUCCCAGUUUGUGGUCUAUCAUUUGAAGUGAGCGAGUUUUCAUUAGAUCCUGAGAUGUCUACUGACAGUCCUGGUGGUUCGUUUAUGUAUCAAAACCUUCCAUCUGCUAUGAAACAAACAGGUUUGAUCAAGAGGACAGCGUUCUCAUUAUGGAUUGACGGUGAAUCAUCCGAGGGAUACAUUCUGUUUGGUGCCAUAGACCAUUCCAAGUAUUCUGGUGAGCUUGUGACUCUACCAUUGUUGAUUACCGACAAUUCUUCACAACCAAAUGCUUACCAGGUGAGCCUUAAUACCGUCAUAUUAUCAGAUGGAGACAGCGAGGUGGAUGUCAUGGUCAAUGAGACAUCUGUAUUACUCGAUUCUGGUACAUCUGAAGCAUAUCUACCAAACGAUGCUGUUGAAAAUAUGGCCGAGGCCCUGAGUGCAAAGUACUCGGAUGAUCAGGGCACUUACGUGCUGGACUGUCCAAAGGAAUCAACCAAUAUUACUAUUACAUUCACUUUUGAUGGCAUUGACAUACAGAUUCCUUUGGAGAGUUUCUUAUCGGCAACUGACAGCUCAGGAGAGAAAUGUGCUUUGAUGAUAUACCCAGGUGGUGGUAAUAAUAUCUUGGGUGAUGUUUUCUUGCAGAAUGUGUACGUUGUCUUCGAUCAAGAUGGUCUGCAGGCCAGAAUUGCACCUGUGGAUAACAACAACGACAGUGCUGACAUUGAAAUCCUUGAUUCCGUGAAGACUCCAAGUGGUGGCUAUAACAACGAAACACUUACUGCAACUGCAUCAUGGGAUGGAACAUUGGCAACUACUGAAGAUCAGGCAAUCACCAAAUCUUUGUCGAGCUAUCUUUCUUCAGACUAUGGAUUGUCAACAUCCGAAUCUGCUACGGCAUC